UGUCUAACAGAGCCAAUGCCAGUCGGCUCCAGGACGGACCCACUGCUGGCCAAGGCUGAGCCCAGCAGGGACUGGCAGUGCCUGUGGGAUACUGUAGUUAAGAAAUGGGGGGGACAUCUGCGCAACACCAGCAGCAGUCAGAACAGAGGAGUGGGAAUUUGUAAGAGAAACAGCUCUGCAGACAUCAAGAUAAAUAUUAAAAAUGCUGAAAAAGUUAGUGCAAUAAAUAAAGCAUUUGCUGAAGUUCAGAAAGAAGUGCAGCAGCUAUCGAAAGGCACCUCAGCAGAACCUCAGAAGACUCAACAGGUUUCCAGAAAUCUGGAAGAGGAACCAGCAAAUGUGGAUGCUGCUACAAACCUAUUAUCUCAGUUGUAAUGUAAAAUGGACAAUGAAGGGAUUGCAAGAAAUGAAAGAUCACAAAUACUGAUGGGUUUGUUUGAAGAAUUUUAUUAAAAAAAAAUCUUGUUAAUA